AUGUCACCAACAAUUCAAAAACCAGCACCAUCAUUCAAGAAAACCGCUGUUAUUGACGGUGUUUUUGAAGAAGUUUCAUUAGAACAAUACAAGGGUAAGUGGGUCAUUUUGGCUUUCUUCCCAUUGGCCUGGACUUUUGUCUGUCCUACAGAGAUUAUUGCUUAUUCAGAAGCUGCAAAGAAAUUUGCUGACAAGGAUGCUGUUAUUUUAUUUGCUUCUACUGAUUCAGAAUACACCUUGUUAUCAUGGACCAAUGCUGAAAGAAAAGACGGUGGUUUGGGCAAAUUGAACAUCCCAUUGAUUGCAGACACCAACCACUCAUUAUCAAGAGAUUACGGUGUCUUGAUCCCAGAAGAAGGUGUUGCAUUGAGAGGUAUUUUCUUGAUUGAUCCAAAGGGAAUCUUGAGACAAAUUACAAUCAACGACUUACCUGUAGGUAGAUCAGUUGAUGAAUCAUUUAGAUUAUUAGAAGCUUUCCAAUUCACUGAAAAAUACGGUGAAGUUUGCCCAGCUAACUGGCAACCAGGUUCAGACACUAUUAAAGCUACUCCUAAAGAUUCAAAGGAGUAUUUUUCAAAAGUGAACAAAUAA